AAAAACCUCGGGAUUUAUUCUGAGACAUAUGUUAUUUCCACCAGUCGGUACCAUCAUACCCGAAAGAUUUCACUGGCUGUUGGAUAACAGUUUCUGUGAUUUUGAUAAAGGAGAAUAUGUUGGAUAUGAAAUUUAUGAUCCCGAUAUUGAGGACAUAAGUGAUGAUAGAAUCACCGUGGAUCCCCCAUAUUAUAUAUACGCUACUAUUGUGGAGAAAAUACAGGCAGAAACUGAUACUGAGUUUGCUAUAUAUAGUAUUGAUGUAGGAGAGGAGGAACCCAUCCAAGCUACAGUUACAAGACUUUAUAAAUUCACCUCACGGGAAUUAGUCCUAAUUAAUAGCGACAAUUUAGACAUCCAAACUGUAUUGCGGGAUAUACGACGGAUCUUGAUGCGAGCAUGGAGACAUUCAGAUGAAAGUGAAAGAAGAAGAGUUCUUGAACGACUUUUGGUAAGAUGGCACCCAGAUAAAAACCUACAUAAUGUUGAGCAGUCAACCGAAAUCACGCAACACAUACAGAACUAUGUGGAAAGAUUGAAUAGAGGCCUUAGUUUAGAUGACGAAUCCGUUCCUGAUGAUGAAACAGACGGUACAAGUAGAUCACAACAUAGUCGUUCAUAUGAACAGUUUUACAGCAACGUGUAUUCGACAGGUAGAAAUCACGCACGGUAUUCUGAAGAACAAAGAUCCAAUAGACGAUAUUACAAUGAUAAUAGUUUCCAUACAUCAGCUCGAGAUGAACCAAACCCAUCACCUGGACAAGCAGAACGAUGGCUGAAGCAAUUAACGAUUAAAUCUAAUGUCCAUUAA